AUGGACAAAGUUGUUAUGAACCAAGAAAACGGCACACUUUUAAUUAUAGAAGGACAGAGCGGAGAAGAACAGAAAGAUGUACAACCAAUUGACAAACAACAAAUACCUGAAAAUAAAGAAAUGAACACUAUUGAAAGUAUCCAAAACUCUCACACACAAAUUCCAGUUCAAACAACGAAACCAAUUAUUCUAAACACAUGCGAAAAAAUCAAAGUAGAAAAAAACGACACUAUUUCAAUGCAAAAUAAUGACACUUUUAUAAAAACAUCACCACCACUGAAAACAAGUGAAAUAAAAAAGGUAACGUGUAAUAUUGUUAUAGACCAAAAUGAAGUAACUAAAGACUCUCAAGUCACUGUUAUGAAAAUUGAAGAAACACCAAUUAAUAAUCAACUCAACGUAGAAACUAAUGAAAGUCAAGUAUCACAACAAAUUAAAAAUAAAGACGAGCAUUCAAGUUGCACCCCACUGUCGUCGGACAAUUCUGAAGAAGACAAAUACCAAGAGACUGAACAAUUAACACACAUUGAACAACAAGAAGAAGUUGAUGAAACUCCAGAAAUUCUUUUAAAGAAAGAAGAGCUCCGAAAAAUUCUUACUGCACUUCGUCCACAAGACUUUGAACCAAAUAGACCACCUCCACAACCUCCCCAAUACACAGAAAAGAAGUCUGACCAUCCAGAAGCCGUAUUUAAAGUAACGGCACAGAGUGAUGGAUAUACAGAAAGUCAUUCCAAAGAAGUUCCAACAACGCCACUUCCACCCACCCCAACGAAAAAAGAGAGUGAAAAUUCAAAACAAAAUGAAGACGAUGACAGUGGCAUUAUGCCGAUCUCUCGCAAAUUCCUCCAAACUUUAUUUACAAAGAAAACCCCAGAAAAUACCAAAGAAAGUGAUGACUUCAAAAGAAGCGAAAGUUUUACAGAAAUUCAUGUGGACCAUUCAACUUCAGAAAUUGAAAUUUCUUCGCCAUUGUCCCUCGACGCCACAACAAAAGAUGUGCACGUGCCUUUCAAAAAAGGCGAAAAGACUGUGUUAAACACGGCAAUAACAUUAAUAGCAAGAAAUGAUACUUCGAAUUACACAGAGAUGGUUGGGACGUUCGUGUUGACAAAUUAUCGAGUCGAAUUUCAGACAACUGCGGCGGUGUAUUCUUUCACCAUUCCCCUCACCAAAAUUGCGAACUUUAAGAAAAUCAACACGUCGGACAAAAGUAGAAAGAGGACGUUUUAUUUAGAAACAAAGGACAAUCAAUGCUUCACAUUCUCGUUCAGUGACAACCAACGCACAAGACGUGUUAUCAACACUGAAUUGAUCAAGAGAGUCUUCACGACAUCCCCCGACGUCUUAUUCAUCUUCUGCUCAAAUGAGUUCAAGAAGAAAAGAAGCUUUUACGACUUCAGAGGGGAAUUUGAACGACAAGGAAUAAGUAGUGAGUGGAAGGUGUUUGAAGGGAAUGCCCGAUAUAAAUUGGCGUCGACAUACCCAUCACUGGUAUAUGUCCCAAAGACGGCAGACGAGACUACUAUUAAAAACACUAUGAAACACCGAAGUAAAGGUCGGUUUCCUGUUUUGACGUGGUUUUCUAAUAAGAAUAAAGCCGCGUUGUUAAGAAGUGCGCAACCGUUGCCGGGGUUUGUCACUUCUGUCACUGGGAAGAACACCUCUGGGGAUGUCGAGUAUUUACAAAAGGUGGAAGAAGUGACUGGAAAUAAGAUUUUGCAUGUACUUGAUUCAAGACCAUUACUCAAUGCAAUGACCAAUAAAGCAGCGGGCGGUGGAUAUGAAGAUGAAGACAGGUACCCCUUCUUACAAGUCGAUUUUGAAAACAUUGCAAACAUCCAUGUUGUCAGAGACGCGUGGAGACAAUUGUAUUAUGCAGUCUAUAAUAUGCCGACUCGUCAUUUUGAUACCCCCUUCAUGAAGUCUAAAGAAGUUUCUAAGUGGGUUGCAUUACAAGAAACUGUUGUACAAUCUGCUGUAAAGGCAAGUAAGUUGUUAGGAAAAGGAAUCAGUGUAUUAGUUCACUGCUCUGAUGGGUGGGAUAGAACAUCACAGUGUUGUGGUAUAGCUGAAAUAAUAUUAGAUGGGUAUUAUAGAACAUUAAAUGGGUUCAUAGUCCUAAUAGAAAAAGACUGGAAAAGUUUUGGGCAUCGCUUUAUGACACGGUCGGGGUUUGGGGCAGAGUCUCCAUUUGGACAGUACGCGCCAAUAUUCUUUCAAUUCUUAGAUUGUGUCCACAUAAUGAUGAACACAUUUAGUAACUUCUUUGAAUUCAACGAAGACUUUUUGAUUGAGUUGAACGACGCAAUUUUCUGUUCCGAGUUUGGGACAUUCAUGUUUGACACGGAACGGGAACGGGUUGAGUCACAAAUAGAAAAUAAGACGCCAUGUUUCUGGGAAUAUGUACUUGAGAAUAGAGCCAAGUUUGUGAAUGAAAAAUUUAAUGAAGAGACUGGUCAACUUGAUAUUGAAAAUAUCGUUCCAACUGUUGUGAUGUGGGAGAAAUAUUUCCUCAAGAACAAAAUUUGA